AUGCAUAAAUCAUACUUAAAUUAUACAUUUCUAAAGCAAAUUGUGCGUUACCUAAAAGCGAAAGAAAUUACGGAGUUAGAAAAGGAUGAUGGUAGAAAGUACAGUGUUAAGCGUUUUUUAACUGGGCAACCGCAGCAGCGCCGAAAGCGACUUCAAAUAAUUAACGGAAUCUUAYCUGGCCCCCGUUACCUGUCAAAAAGGCAAACCACAAUUGCUGUCGAUGAGAAGCAGGAGYUAACCAAAGAGUUGUACGAACAAAGUAAACAUCCGAAAGUCCGCGGCAUCAGGCGAGGUACACGCGCGGAUUUCAUACACAAUGGCAGCUUUCAUGAAGCCGUCGGCCCUUUGCUCGUGAUUGCUCAGUGUUUCUGUCUGAUGCCGGUGCGUGGCAUACUCGCCGCCAGUCCAAAAGGGUUGUCCUUUCGCUGGAAGAGUUUUCGCACCUGGUACUGCAUAUUAUACACGCUGGUGACCAUUGCUGAUACGGGCCUCACAGUAAACAUGGUCGUCAAAGGUGUGCUGGAUGUGCGAAACAUUGAACCAUUAAUAUUUCAUGCCAAUAUACUGCUGGCUUCAAUUGGUUUCCUGCGACUGGCCGCAAAAUGGCCGCAGCUGAUGCGUAAAUGGCAGCGAGUGGAGCGGCAUAUGCCGCCUUUUCAGUCGUGGCGUGAACGCGAGGCGCUGGCGGUGCGGGUGCAUAAGGUGACCUUUGUGCUGAUCACAUUGUCGCUGACUGAGCAUCUAUUGAGCACCAUUUCGGCCAUUCACUUCGCCAACUAUUGUCCUUCACGCGUGGAUCCGAUCGAGUCGUAUUUCAUGACMGUUGUUUCGCAAAUUUUUUUCAUUUUCGAUUACUCUACUUGGCUGGCUUGGUUCGGAAAGAUAUUGAAUGUGCUCAUGACUUUCGGUUGGAGUUAUAUGGAUGUGUUUCUAAUGAUAAUCGGCAUAGGACUCUCAUCUUUGUUCGAACAAGUGCAGCRCAGUUUGGAGCGUGUCAAGGGACAGGUCAUGCCGGAAUCCUAUUGGACGCGUACCCGCUUGCAAUAYCGGCUUAUUUGUGACCUCAUAGAAAAAGUAGAUUCCGCUAUAUCUGCCAUAACUAUGCUCUCUUUCGCUAAUAAUCUUUACUUUGUUUGCAUUCAGUUGCUCAAGAGCAUGAACACAAUGCCAUCUGUAGCACAUUUCGUCUAUUUCUAUGCGUCACUAUGUUUUCUCAUGGCCCGCACUUUGGCGGUUUCUUUGUAUUUGUCCGAGGUCAACGAUCGCUCCCGUGAACCUUUGAAAAUAAUCAAAAAGGUGCCAAAGGAGGGCUUUCAUCCUGAAGUCGACCGCAUGGCUUAUGAGAUUGGCAUGGAUACGGUAGCCUUGACCGGGUUGCAAUUUUUUAACAUUACGCGUGGCUUGGUGUUGACGGUUGCCGGCACUAUUGUCACCUACGAAUUAGUGCUUAUACAGUUUCAUGAAGAUCAGAACUUAUGGAAUUGUAAUUAA